CUCCAUCACGAUGUCAACAAACUCACUCUGUCUCGUACGAUAAAAGGGAACCCGUCCUCUGUUGGAAAGAGGCUCAUAAAGUCAUAGCAUCUCAUCAGAUAAACAGAAUUGUUCUUCACUGGAGACACCAAAUCAACUCUCCCACAAGAACCUACACAGUUUCAGUCUUUCAGACACCUCACAUCAUCAAUCAUCAAUCAUCAAUCAUCACCACCAUGUCCGCGCCCACCUCCAGACCAGCCAUCCUCGUGCUCGGCGGCACAGGCAAAGUAGGCAGUCGCAUCGUCCGCCAACUCUCGUCUUACGACACAAACCACCUCGUUCUUGUCGCCUCCCGCAAGGCACCCUCCUCUUCUUCUCAACCGGCCGAAAAUGGAAAUGACAUUGACAAGGUGCGGCCAGUCCACUUCGACUGGGACAACACCGACACCUGGUCCAACCCCUUCGACACACUCCCCGCCGGCACCGCCACGAUCAACGCAGUCUACAUCAUCGCCCCGCCCUCCCUCAACGCGGAGGCGCUCAUGAACGGCUUCGUCGACUUUGCGCGCGACCGCGGCGUGCGCCGGUUUGUGCUGCAGAGCGCCUCGUGCGUCGAGGCCGGCGGCCUGCUGAUGGGCAAGGUGCAUGCCUACUUGAGGGAGCUGGGCCAGAGGGACGAGGUGGAGUGGGCUGUGUUGAGGCCGACUUGGUUCCAGCAGAACUUCGCCGACCAGGAAAAUCACGUCAAAUCCAUCAGGGAGGAGAGCAAGAUCUACUCUGCGACCGGCGACGGGAAGAUCCCGUGGGUGAGCGCGGACGACAUCGCCGCCGUUGCCGUGCGGGCGUUGACGGCGCGGGAUCCGCCAAACACCGAGUAUCUGGUCCUCGGGUCGGAGCUGCUUUCCUACGGCGACAUUGCAACCAUCCUCAGUGAAGUCCUGGGGCGGAGGAUUGUGCACGUCGAUCUCACGGCUGCCGGGCUCGAGGAGCGGUUUCAAAGCUUUGGUAUGCCCGAAGAUUACUCGCGCAUGAUGAGCGCCCUGGACAUCUCCAUCAAGAACGGCGCCGAGAACCGGACAAACGAUGUGAUCCUGGCCGUUACGGGGUCGGCGCCGAGGAAAUUCAAGGAUUUUGCCGAGUCCGCUAAGGAGGUUUGGGGGACUGGCAGCAGGGCAUGAAGGGGUUAGAUAGUUAUAACGGGUUGACUUGGAGUGUGAAAAUCAGCGUGGUGCAAGUGACAAAUGAUGUCGUGGUAUGAGAGAUGGCAGCAUUUUGCUGCUUGAACUACUGAGGUCGAUUGCGAAUGCUGUUCUUGAUCCAAUGCAAGCUGGUGUAACCUGGAAGGUAAUGCUCGAGUCGCAGUGUCUGUGCAGGACUCGGAUGCGUAUGGAAG